AUGACUGCAAUGGCUUCACCUUGGGCUUCGACGUCAUCUCUCCCGCACGCUCGAUCUCGCCCACUUCCAUCAGCGCCGAGCUCUUCCUCCAUCACCUUGGCCCUUUCAGAUGAGGUUGGGCAAGAUGCUCCGCAGGACUUGCUGCCGCCACAAGACCUCCAGCCACACGUUCCCCCGACAGAUGCUGACAAUUUCAUCAUUGCACCUUGGCUUGCCCCCGACUCUGGUGUUGAAUCUGAACCGCCCACACCGCCCCCCAAACCUCAACGGUUUGGGUUCUCAACCAAGCCUUCUUUCAGUUCUUUCUCCAUUCCCCGCCAGCCUAGUACGUCCAGUAUCACCCUCAUACCGAAUCGUCAUACCGACACGCUAAGCACACACUCCACGGAGACCGUUCAAUCCACGGAUUCUCGCAGGUCCAAAUCGUCGCUGAGUAUUCUCACAAGCAUAAUGAAGAAGCGCUCCCGUAGCAGGCUUCGCUCCGAUGUUCGCCUUCCUGCCGAACCUGUUCCACCGCUUCCGCCCUCCCCUCCGCCGUCAUAUAGAAAGGGUGGGCAUCGCCCGAAGAAGAAGUCAUCAAAUAUGAUACUUCCAAUUACUCCGAUCUCCGAGCCUCAUUUCGAACUUGACACAAACCUUGAACACAUGGACGGCAUCAUCGAUUUCUCAGUCCUUCCAUCGGCGCAGGACAGUGGCUCGCCGGAGACGGCGAGCGGAUUUGAGUCAUCUCAUCAGUCGAGUUCGUCUGUCUCCUCAGUCUACAACUCGCGGGCAUCUCCUUCGUACAUGUUCAGCAAUCCUUUUCUACCAUCGACCCACCGAAAACUUGCGCCGAGCACGCUCGCUUUCGAUAGCCGCAAGAUAUCUCCCAAGACAUCAGCGUCUACUUACGAAGUCGAUGACACCUCGUCGCCCUCAUGGACAGCGCCUGAAAGCUGGGCCGUGGAGAAAGACGGCGAGGAUCCACUUGUGCCAGAAUACUCUAGCUCUGAGGACAGCGUACCCUGCUCUAGCCCACAUUCAAAGCGGAAACGACGGAAGACUGUUAGUAGCAGACCAGACGGAGUCUCCACUGCCACGUCCGCACCGAAAAAGUAUAUCAUCCGGAUAUACCGUGCUAAUGGGUCUUAUCAUGUUGUAUCAAUCGACUUCGACGUGACGGCUGCUGAGCUCACACCUCAGCUGAAGAAGAAACUGCUCAUGGAUGCGGAUCGGGAAUCACACAGGCUGUAUCUGAAGGAACGAGGUAGAGAGCGUGUCUUGGCACCGACCGAGCGACCAGCUGGUAUCGUACGGCGAAGGUUAGAGCAAGCAGGCUAUGAUCCCGCAGAUGGUCUCGACUUACUGGGUGCGGAAGACACCAAGUAUUUGAUGAAGUUCGUCUACAAGAGCAAUGCUCUUGGUCCAGCGGAUGAAGAGCUCAACUUCGAUAAUUUCGACUUGGUCGAUCUGACUGGCCGGAGCCUCAGGACGGUUCCAGUCCUGUUGUACCCGCACGCGGAAGCCAUAGUAUUGCUCAAUCUGUCCCGUAACCCUAUGCUUGAGAUCCCACUCGACUUCAUCCAGUCAUGUACGACUCUGCGAGAGCUGCGGCUGCAACAUAUGGCGAUGAAGAAGGUCCCGCAAAGCGUCCGGCAUUGUCGCACGCUUCAUCGGCUUGACCUCUCAUGCAAUCGCAUUGUCGAUCUCGACGAUGCCGGUCUCGACGCAAUUCCGGAACUUCGUUCUUUGAAGGUGCAGAACAACAGAUUGGAUAAGCUUCCGUCCUACUUUCCUGCGCUGAAAGCGCUGAAGGACCUCAAUAUCUCGAACAACCAUUUCCGUCACCUCCCUUCGGUCGUCAGUGAACUCACUGGCCUCGUUGAUCUAGACAUCUCCUUCAACAUGAUUAGCGAGCUACCGGAGGGAAUUGGUAGACUGCAGGACUUAGAGCGGUUUAUCAUCGUCGGAAAUCAGGUGUCUAAGUUCCCCAUAGACGUCUUCAAUCUCGUCAGCCUGCGGAUGCUAGAUUGUCGGAGGAACCAUAUCGCAGAGCUUUCAGUCGUAUCCAUGCUUCCCAAAGUCGAGCAGAUCUUCGCAGAUCACAACGCCGUGCAUGCUCUUGAUCUCUCAUUUGGACGUUCGCUUGAGCAGCUUGAUGCUUCCCACAAUGACAUCACCCAGCUCAACCUUAUACUGGGGCCCAUGGGACAACCAUUUGCCCUGACCUCACUCGACAUCUCCCAUGCAAAGCUGUCGGCUCUGGAUGAAGUAGCUCUGGCCCAACUCACCUCCCUCAGGACGUUGCGAGUUGACCACAAUUCUCUUCGAUCUAUCCCAGAUACGCUCGGUGUACUCACUAUGCUCACCCAUCUGUCCUGCUCGAACAACCAGCUUCUUGCGCUCCCGUCAACCAUCGGGCGAUUGCAGAAGCUCGAGACGUUGGAAGCGCACAACAAUUCCCUCGCUGAGUUGCCGGCAACUAUGUGGAGCUGUGCUUCACUUCAACUCAUCAACGUUACCUCCAAUUUCAUUGGCUCGUGGAGCCUCCCACACGUCCAUGCAUAUCAUGCCACUAACGUUUCGUUAUCUCCUGAUCUUGCCACAUCGAGUCUUCCUGGAAGUGACUAUAAUGAGAGGAAAGCAUCAACGUCUGGCUCGCGGCCAUUGCCACCGCUCGUGCUCUCUCUGGAGAAGUUGUAUCUUGGCGAGAAUCGGCUCACGGACGACACGCUUCAUCCCCUUGCGCUGUUAAAAGAGCUUCGCGUAUUGAAUCUAUCGUUCAAUGAGAUCCAGGAUAUGCCAUCGACGUUCUUCAGAAAUCUGACAGACCUGAAGGAGUUGUAUCUCAGUGGAAAUAGCCUGUCGGCCAUUCCUACGGAGGAUCUCCAUCGCAUGUCGAAGCUCGAGGUGCUCUUCUUGAAUGGCAACAAAUUGCAGACACUGCCGAAGGAGCUGGGGAAGAUUCCGAGCCUCAUGGCUCUGGAUGUGGGCAGCAAUAUAUUGAAGUAUAACGUCUUUAACUGGCAGUUCGAUUGGAACUGGAACUUCAACCAAAAUCUGCGGUAUCUCAAUUUGUCUGGCAACAAAAGAUUAGAGAUACGGCCGGAUAUGAACAAGCAGCCCAUGCAGGACACGCAAGGACGUAAAAUUCUGGCCGAUUUCUCUAGCCUGACGCAGUUGCGGAUACUCGGGCUAAUGGACGUUACUGCGACCUUUGGAACAAGUAUCCCAGACGAGAACGAGGACCGUCGGGUACGCACCUCUGUGUCGGAAGUCAAUGGGAUGGGAUAUGGAAUCGCGGAUACCCUCGGCAGGACAGACCACCUCAAUAUGCUCGAUCUGGUGAAACCCCAAUUUCGUGAGCGGGAGCACGAAGCAGUCUUCGCCAUGUUUGGUCGAGCUACACACGUAGCGAAUAAUCCUGCGCUCAAUAAGCAACUUCACGACGAACUACUAAAGGUGUUCUCAGAAGAGUUGGAACGUAUUGCUCAACAGAGGAGCGAAACCAUUCCCGAUGCGUUGCGGCGCACAUUCCUGAAGCUGAACAAAAAGGCGCACGAUGAGUUGUAUAAAAGGGCAUACGAGGAGCUUUACACCAACUUUCCGACCCGCAAGAUGUCCAACGUCAGCGCUACUUCCACACUCAAUCCAAUCAUGCAUGAAAUGCUCAGUGUACGGGGUGGGGCAUCGGGUGUUAUGCUGUACUUCGUCGACCAGACCCUCUACGUCGCCAACGCUGGUGACGCCCUGGCGGUCAUUUCCCGCCAAGGCGUUGCAGAGUUGCUGUCACUCAAGCACGAUCCGUUCAACCGUGCAGAAAUUGCUCGCAUACGACAAGCGGAGGGCUGGGUCUCACCCAAAGGAUGUGUCAAUGAUGAGGUGGAGGUCGCGCGCUCCUUCGGCUUCUACAACAUGUUGCCAGUCGUCAAUGCACGGCCUCACAUACGCACCUGGCAGUUGAACGACACCGAUGAAUUUGUGAUCGUGGGUAAUUCUGGGCUGUGGGAUGUUGUCUCAUACCAAACCGCAGUUGACAUCGCUCGUUCGGAGAGGGCAGAUCCCAUGAUCGCCGCACAGAAGCUGCGAGACUUUGCCAUCAGCUACGGUGCUGAAGGGACGACCAUGAUUAUGGUUAUUUCGGUUGCCGACCUGUUCACCAAGGGUCUGCGCUCGCGCCAGCCGACGAUGGAGUCAGUGAUUGACGCAGAGACAUUCAUGUCACUCAAACGCCGCAAGAGAGACGAGAUCAAGAACAAAGCCAUUUCCCGCUUGGACAACGAGGUGGAGCCACCCACGGGACACGUCGCUUUGGUUUUCACUGACAUUCGAAAUUCUACGCAUCUAUGGGAUGUCAAUGCUGGAAUGGCGACCGCAAUGGUGCUACACAACAACCUCCUCCGGCGUCAGCUGAGGUUCUGCGGUGGGUACGAAGUGAAGACGGAAGGUGACGCUUUUAUGUGCUCGUUCCCCACGGCUCUCAAUGCGCUGUGGUGGGCCUUGAGUGUGCAGGUACAACUAUUGCAUGCCGACUGGCCGUUAGAGAUUCUCGAAUGCGAGGAUGGGAAAGAAGUAUACGAUUCCACCGGGAGGCUGAUCGCUCGUGGGCUGUCCGUUCGGAUGGGCAUUCACUGCGGUCAGCCAGUAUGUGAGCCAGACCCCAUAACCCACCGUAUGGAUUAUUUUGGUCCUAUGGUCAAUCGCUCAGCUCGCAUCAGCGGUAGCGCAGCGGGUGGUCAGAUUAUGUGCAGCGCAGAUGUCGUGCGGGAGAUCAAUGCACGGAUAUUCGAGACAGGCAUGGAGACCGACCAGUCUCAUCUCCAGUCCCCAUAUGCAAUUGACGCCAUUCGGCGUCUAGGUUCUGUCGUCGUUCCUGUGGGUGAAGUGAAACUGAAGGGUUUGGAACUACCGGAGAUGCUAUCAUUGGUAUAUCCCGACCAACUCGCAGGGCGACAGGGCCUUCGCAACACCCAGUCAGCUUCGAAUUCGUCCGGUUCUCGAGUCCAAUUCAGUGUUGACCAGAUGCGUGAACUAGCGCUGCUCUGUAUACGCCUCGAGACACUGUCGUCCGGACGAGUCUUUAGGCUACCUCCCGAGCGCAAGGAUAGCUCUGCCGGACCGCAAGGGCGACCCAUCAGCCAUUCGGACCCUCCGACAGUCCUUUAUGGCGAUCCAAAGGUAUUGCUCCCGGCGAUGGAUAACGCCUCAGACAUGGAGUUGAUGUUACUGCUGGAUUCGCUGACGACGAGGAUCGAGAAUGCGCUCAACAUGAUUGCGCUGAACCGUAUGGUGAAGAUUCAAGGAUUGUCUGAGUCAGCGCAGCCAGGAACGUUGCAGUCACUCCUGUCGAUGUUACCCUCUUCGGUUCUCCCUAAUUCUAUCCCCCCUGCCCUGUGA